AAUGCCUCUGUCUCGUCAUUUAACAUUCAAACAGUUACGUUAGCUAGCUAGCUAAUGUUAGCUAAUUUACUUGUAGUUACAUCAGAAUAGGGCUGGGCAAUCUUACCCCAACAUUGUCAUCAUGAUACGAAUAGGAGCGCAGCAGAUGGCCAGGGGACUGUGCCAAAUAAUGGGACGUGAAAUCUCAAAGGGACAUUUCAACGCCAACAUCAGACAACAAAUGACUUCAAGAGGGUCUCUCCAGCAUCCCUGGUCCUCUGUCAACAGUGUCCGAACCAUGGCGGUGCUGCCCUGGCCUUUCUCCUCCCAGCCACGGGACUUCAGCCUGCCCAACUCGUCCUGGGGCUCUGACAUGAGGCGUGUGUAUGAGCACUAUAACAACCAGUGUAAGGUAGAGACGGAGGAGGGAGAGAAUAAGUGGGGUGUCUGGAGAAAUCUGCCCAGCUAUAACCGCUCCAUCAAGUACGCCACAGGUGGGGUGUAUCUGAGUAAGAUCAUUCAGUCGAAGGCUCGUCUGUUCAUGCGGAACAUCAGGGAGCAGCGUUCGAGUACGACAUGUUUGUCAACAAGCAGGAGCAGAAGUGUGUGUGUGUGUGUUCCAGGCUGGCCACCUACUGGAGGGACCCCCGGGGUGAGCUGCUUGUGUGUGUGUGUUCCAGGCUGGCCACCUACUGGAGGGACCCCCGGGGUGAGCUGCUUGUGUGUGUGUGUUCCAGGCUGGCCACCUACUGGAGGGACCCCCGGGGUGAGCUGCUUGUGUGUGUGUGUGUGUUCCAGGCUGGCCACCUACUGGAGGGACCCCCGGGGUGAGCUGCUUGUGUGUGUGUGUUCCAGGCUGGCCACCUACUGGAGGGACCCCCGGGGUGAGCUGCUUGUGUGUGUGUGUGUGUUCCAGGCUGGCCACCUACUGGAGGGACCCCCGGGGCACGUCCAUGGGGGGGCAAUAGCCACCAUGAUUGACACUGUAACAGGGACCCACGCCACCUACCUCUCUGGGCCUGUCAUGACUGCCAACCUCAACAUCAACUACCGCAGCCCCAUCCCAUUGUGUAGUACAGUGCUGCUCAACUGCUCAUUGGAUAAGAAGGAGGGACUGAAAACCUUUGUUUCCUGUCAAGUGACCAACACGGACGGCUCCAAACUACACACAGAGGCCACAGGGCUGUUUCUGUCGAUCACAAUGGGACACCUAUUAGGAGGAUGAUGGAUAGGACAGCUCAUCGACCAACCAGACGCUACAAACACACAACAUCAGAAACAGCACUGACUGAAUGUUUGGGUGUAUAUCAGUACCUCGGUGUGUUGAGUGCGGGAGUGUGUAUGCUUGAGUGUGUGCGUGCGCGCAUGCGUGUGUGUGGUUAUGAC